AUGUUCGCACAACACACUUUGCUGGUUUCGUUAGUGCUGAUAACAAGAUGCCACAGUCAGCACGUCGGAUAUAAGUUAUCGAAGAGUUCGGAGCCUCCAAUCCGCUUAGGUAUAUUAGACAGUUUCGUUCAAGGAGUACAUGAUAUUGCUACCGUUUUGAGUAGUGUUCCAGACACGAUCAGUAUUUUAUUGAAUCAAGAUGAAGAACAAAUCAAUUUAUAUGCUCCAUCCGACAACGAAGACGCAUAUUUAAACAUUACACAGUUGACAGCAAAAUACGGAUAUCCUUGCGAAGAACAUAGUGUUGAAACAGAAGAUGGUUACAUUAUAAAUAUGCACAGGAUACCUCAUGGUAGAAAGAAUAGGAUGAAUAAUUCUACAGUGUUUCUGAUGCACGGAUUUAUGGAUAGCUCAGAUAGUUGGAUCCUGCAAGGCCCUGAUAAAGCACUAGCUUAUAUCUUAGCCGAUGAAGGCUUUGAUGUUUGGUUGGGAAACGCACGAGGUAAUAAACACGCUUUAAGGCAUAAUACAUUGAACAGAAACCAAUCAGAUUUUUGGGAUUUCACUUGGGAAGAUAUGGGGAUAUACGAUUUGCCAGUCAUGAUAGACCACGCACUCAACGUAACUGACAAGGAAAGCCUGUACUACAUCGGCUACUCCCAAGGUACUACCAGUUUCUUCGUCAUGACUUCCUUAAAACCAGAAUAUAAUGACAAAAUCAAGAUGAUGUUUGCUUUAGCACCAGUAGCUUGGAUGGCGAAUGUGAGAAGUCCUCUAGUGAAAAUGUUCUCACCCGCUUUUAAUUUCCUCAGCAAUGUCUUGUGGGAUUAUAACUUCAUCAACACAGAAUUCCUAGAAUCAUUCUCGGGGACGAUUUGUGGUAUUUUGGGAACAAAUUGUCAUAGUGUUAUGUACAUGAUCGUGGGUCAUGAUAGCAAAUAUAUGAAUGAUGUUAUGCCAGUGAUGUUGGGUCAUAUGCCUACCACUUCGUCGACUCUACAACUCGUACAUUACGGGCAGUUAGUGAAAUCUGGAAGAUUCUGCCGCUUCGAUUUCGGUGCACAAAGGAAUAUGGAAAUUUAUGGUGCCGAAUAUCCGCCCGAUUACGAUUUAAGCAAUGUCGCAGUUCCUGUAGUGUUAUAUUUUAGUGAAAAUGAUUGGCUAGCAGAUAUUGCAGAUGUACAAAUAUUGGAGCAUCAUCUACAGAAUAUUUAUGAAUCCAAUUAUAUACAGGAUUUCAAUCACUUGGAUUUCCUUUACGCUUCAAAAGCGAAUGAAAUUAUUUAUUCAAAAAUUGUAACGCAGAUCUUAGAUUUCGCCGAAGUUGACUAA